AAAAGCAAUUAAAAAUUUUAAGAGGAUCAUAUAAAGUUACCUACUCCUGUUUUAUGUGUUCAGUUAUUUCCUGUUGGAGUAAGCCUAACAGUUGAAGAUCUACAGUAAAAGAAUGGAGCAGCCUUUCUUGACAUCAAGAGUACUAUUCUUGUCCAUACUUCUUUCAAUGAGUGAUUGUGCUAUCCAGUAUGAUCACACUAGCCCACCAGAGAGGGUCCUUUAUUCCAGGACUAGUGAUAGAAUCACUGGAUUCAAAGAUACUCUGGAUAAAGAUGUCAUUCUUGGUGGAUUAUUUCCAGUUCAUGUGAGUCAAUCAAUGGGAGGUCAGUGCAGUGACAGGUUUAGAUCCAGUGGGUUCCAGAGAAUGGAGGCAAUGCUCUUUGCCAUUGAUAGCAUAAACUCUAACUCUAGCCUUCUCCCUGGCAUGAGUCUUGGCUAUGAUAUCAGAGACACCUGUGUGAGUGAGAACAUAGCUCUAGAUGAGAGCAUUGAUUUUGUACUUGAGAGUGAUCAGUUAGAAGUGGAGAGUUGUGGAGGCAUGUCAAAUGGUAAUGCUAGUGAUAGAGUCAAAGUUAGUUCUGUCAUUGGUGCUUCAUCAAGCUCUGUCUCUAUACCGGUAGCUAGCCUCCUUCGGCUAUUUAGGGUGCCUCAAAUUAGUUAUGCUUCUUCUUCGUCAGCUCUCAAUAAUCGAGAUCGCUAUGAGUACUUUCUGCGUACGGUGCCACCGGAUAAUCAGCAAGCAAUGGCCAUGAUUGAUCUAAUAGAGAGAGCAAAUUGGAGCUUUGUCUCUACAAUAUACUCUGAUAAUCUUUAUGGUGAGCCUGGGAUUAACCAGUUUCAUGAGCUGGCACACAGAAGAGGUAUCUGCAUUGACUUAAACCUACCAAUAAAAGAAUCAUUUCUUGAUUAUGAAUACCAAUAUGUUGCUGAUCGGUUGGCCAACUCAACUGCGAAUGUAACUGUGCUGUUUACUUCCUUUGAGCAUGCUGAUAUGCUGCUACGGACAAUGACUAACUCUAAUAGGUCUAUAAACAAGGCUGGAAAGGUUUGGAUAGCAAGCGACUCCACAGCUUCCACAGUUUUAGCAGCAAAUUAUGCUCAAGUUGCAAGCGAACUAUGGGGAGUGCUACCAGCAACUAACCUUCAUGCUCCUUUCGAUGAUUAUUACAGACAACUCAGCACAUCAAGCAACAAAAGAAACCCAUGGACUCAAGAUGCAUUCAAACAGCUAUACAACUGUGCCCACAAUGACUGCAAUGUGUCUAGUGAUUACAGUCAAAAUGAGAAAGUUCCUCUUGUCAUAGAUGCUGUAUACAGCAUUGCUUAUGCAUUAAAAGAAUUCAUUAGUGAUAAAUGUAGUGCUCCGUUAGUUUGGUAUGCCAACAAUCAAUCAUGCCAGAGCCACAAUGGCAGGACUGCAGUUUUGAAUGGCUCUGUCCUACUACAACAUUUAAUGAAUGUUAGCUUUACCAGCCCCACGGGAAAUGAAGUUUCUUUUAAUGAGAAUGGGACAGUAAAAGCAAUAUAUAACAUUGCUGUAUUGAAAGUGGAGCAAGAAACGAGUAGUUACGUGUUGGAAAAUGUUGGAUACUGGAAUGAGAACUUGCCAAUAGCAAACCGCCUUCAUUUCUAUGCUACGCAGAAUGAAAAUGAGCUAUUUGAUGAUUUCACUUCACAAUGUCAGAAAUGCCCACCAGGACAAUUUAAGAGGGCAGUAACGUCAUCAUGUUGUGGUACAUGUGAUCCUUGCCUUGGAUCAAACUUUACUAAUACUAACUCUUCAACAAUGUGUAUGACAUGUCCUGAUAAUAUGUGGGGCAACAAUCCUCUCACUGGUAACACUCAUUGUAUAGAUAUUGAUGAAUCAUAUUUAAAACCAUCAGAUGCAUGGGGUAUAGUACUGAUAAUACUAGCCAUCAUUGGACUAAUAGCUGUAGUAUUUGUCACAUCUGCUUUCAUCUGGUUCUGGAAUACACCAAUUGUCAAGUCUUCAGGAAGGGAGCAGAUGAUAUUAGUACUAAUCGGAAUAACACUAUGCUUUGUAAGCACUCUUUUCUUUCUCUUGAAGCCUUCGCCAGCGUCAUGUGGUCUUCAAAGAAUUGUAAUGUGGUUUUCAUAUUCUCUGAUACUCUGUGCAUUGUGUGUUAAACUUAUCAGAAUAACUCGCAUAUUCAUGCAACAAUCAAUAUCUUCAAGGCCAAGAUUCAUAACUCCUCCGUACCAAAUCAUCUUCACUUUUCUACUCGUUGCAUGUCAGAUGAUGCUUGUCUUUAUUUCACUCCUGGUUGUUAAUCCUGGAGUCAAAAAAGAGCUUCACCACAACAAAACAAACGAUAAUAACUUCCCCACUCUUAUCCUCCAAUGCACCACACCCCACAUUGCACUUGUAGUGCUUCAGAUGCUGUACAACACUGCACUCCUCAUUACCAGCAAUGCAUUGGCUGUAGUUACCAUAAGGUUUCCUGCAAAUUUCAACGAGUCCAGAUACGUUGCAUUCUCAACAUUUUCUCUUGGCCUCAUGUGGUUUCUGUUUAUCCUUUCAUACGUAGCCACAAAUGGGUCUACAAUCCAAACAGCCGUUCUAUCGUCUACAAUACAACUCAGUGCACUCUCUGUUCUACUAUGUCUUUUUGGUCCUAGAGUAUUCAUUAUGAUAUUCUGGCCUUCGCACAACUCUUCUGAAAGUGGGAUGAAACCUGCAGGUACAAAAGACUUGGAGUCUUUGCCUCAGCGAGUACCAAAGUCUCAAACAGGAGUGACUGUUGAAUAACAUGCACAUGCAUGGCUACAAUGUGUGACUAUCAUUAUUAUUGUUGUUGUUUUUGUGAGCAAUUCUUUAGCUUAAAUAUUUACUUUUAUUGUACAAUGUAUCGGUAUUGAUUAAAUUUCAGUUUCAUUGUUUAAUAUUGUUAUUUAUUAUUGAA